GACCAAGGCAGGAGCUUCAGCCUGCAGGAAGCUAACUGUCCAUCAGAGCCCCACCAGCCUUCUCUUUCUGGCUGGAUCCUAUGUGAAUUACCCCACCGGCCCUCACUGGCUCCAAAUCAUAAAUUCUCACCAACAUAAACAGGAGUUGAUGUCUCUAGAAAGAUUCUCAGAGUUUUCGUUCUUCCUCUCUCUCUCUUUCUCUCUGUCUCUCCCCCUCCGGUGCCACCUCCCUACAUUUUACUUCUUUUUCUCCUUUUUCUAUUGCAUUUUUAUACAUUUUCCCUUUUAGGCAAAAAUGCUGGAAGAGUUUUCCCAAAAGAGGGGUCCUGAGGAGGAGGCAGAAGGGAGCCAGGAGGCAAAGGAGAGCAGAUGCGUGGCCCAUUUGCCCACUCCAGCUCUGCCACUGUACCCUGAAGUCUUGCCCCUUUAGACCUAGUUGUUCCCCACAUCCCUACUACAUUCAAGACUCUCAGCCACACUCUACUUACUCAGGGGAACAGGUUUUAUGAAAUUUCUUUCUACUUUUGAUUUUUUUUUAAUUAUUGAUGAAAAAAAUACUAGUUUAGUGAUGGGACUCACUCCAUGGAGUGUCAAAACAGGAUUUCCUGCAGGAUUUCUAGGGACCCCCCUCCUGUGCUGGGAGGGAGUUCCUCCCUUGGAGAAAUCAGGAUGUAAUUUUAGAAGGGGGCAGAUAUAAAACAUGAAACCAGAUUGAAAAUACAGGGGUUUCUCUAGCCCUGGCUCUGGCCACAGCACAGCAAAGUUAGCUGGGGCUGAGAGAUUUCCUGGUAGUACAGCUCUCCUUCCCUGAGUCCCAAGGCCCUGCUCAGGGACAUGCACCCCUCCUUCACCACCAAACCAAUUCCCUUACAUAUAUAUAUAUAUAUUUUAAAAGAAAUCCAAGUCUUACUUUCAAAGCACACACUUAGUCUCAACUAGGGAAUCAACAGAAGCAGAAGCGAUUUUUUUCCCCCUUCCUGACAUCUGGCUUGCGAUUGGCUGGGAGGGGGUCAGCUGACUUUGUCAUUUUGUCUGUCCUGGAUUGGAGCCGUCCCUAUAACCAUCUAGUUCCGAGUACAAACUGGAGACAGAAAUAAAUAUUAAAGAAAUCAUAGCCCGACCAGGUAAAGGCAAAGGGAUGAAUUCCUACUUCACUAACCCUUCCUUAUCCUGCCACCUCGCCGGGGGCCAGGACGUCCUCCCCAACGUCGCCCUCAAUUCCACCGCCUAUGAUCCGGUGAGGCAUUUCUCGACCUAUGGAGCGGCCGUUGCCCAGAACCGGAUCUACUCGACUCCCUUUUAUUCGCCACAGGAGAAUGUCGUGUUCAGUUCCAGCCGGGGGCCGUAUGACUAUGGAUCUAAUUCCUUUUACCAGGAGAAAGACAUGCUCUCAAACUGCAGACAAAACACCUUAGGACAUAACACACAGACCUCAAUCGCUCAGGAUUUUAGUUCUGAGCAGGGCAGGACUGCGCCCCAGGACCAGAAAGCCAGUAUCCAGAUUUACCCCUGGAUGCAGCGAAUGAAUUCGCACAGUGGGGUCGGCUACGGAGCGGACCGGAGGCGCGGCCGCCAGAUCUACUCGCGGUACCAGACCCUGGAACUGGAGAAGGAAUUUCACUUCAAUCGCUACCUAACGCGGCGCCGGCGCAUCGAGAUCGCCAACGCGCUUUGCCUGACCGAGCGACAGAUCAAAAUCUGGUUCCAGAACCGCCGGAUGAAGUGGAAAAAAGAAUCUAAUCUCACAUCCACUCUCUCGGGGGGCGGCGGAGGGGCCACCGCCGACAGCCUGGGCGGAAAAGAGGAAAAGCGGGAAGAGACAGAAGAGGAGAAGCAGAAAGAGUGACCAGGACUGUCCCUGCCACCCCUCUCUCCCUUUCUCCCUCGCUCGCCACCAACUCUCCCCUAAUCACACACUCUGUAUUUAUCACUGGCACAAUUGAUGUGUUUUGAUUCCCUAAAACAAAAUUAGGGAGUCAAACGUGGACCUGAAAGUCAGCUCUGGACCCCCUCCCUCACCGCACAACUCUCUUUCACCACGCGCCUCCUCCUCCUCGCUCCCUUGCUAGCUCGUUCUCGGCUUGUCUACAGGCCCUUUUCCCCGUCCAGGCCUUGGGGGCUCGGACCCUGAACUCAGACUCUACAGAUUGCCCUCCAAGUGAGGACUUGGCUCCCCUACUCCCUCGACGCCCCCACCCCCGCCCCCCGUGCAGAGAGCCGGCUCCUGGGCCUGGGGCCUCUGCUCCAGGGCCUCAGGGCUCGGCCUGGCAGCCGGGGAGCGCCGGAGGCCCAAGGAGGGCGCGCCUUGGCCCCACACCAACCCCCAGGGCCUCCCCGCAGUCCCUGCCUAGCCCCUCUGCCCCAGCAAAUGCCCAGUCCAGGCAAAUUGUAUUUAAAGAAUCCUGGGGGUCAUUAUGGCAUUUUACAAACUGUGACCGUUUCUGUGUGAAGAUUUUUAGCUGUAUUUGUGGUCUCUGUAUUUAUAUUUAUGUUUAGCACCGUCAGUGUUCCUAUCCAAUUUCAAAAAAGGAAAAAAAAGAGGGAAAAUUACAAAAAGAGAGAAAAAAAGUGAAUGACGUUUGUUUAGCCAGUAGGAGAAAAUAAAUAAAUAAAUAAAUCCCUUCGUGUUACCCUCCUGUAUAAAUCCAACCUCUGGGUCCGUUCUCGAAUAUUUAAUAAAACUGAUAUUAUUUUUAAAA